CAUCAAGAACAGAUCAAUUUCCUUCAUUUUUCUCUCCUGGACGGGGAGGGAAUCGAUUCCUUUAAUAUGGUAAUUGAUUCCACUUCUAAGGAAUCGAUUGCCACGCGCUGAUAGCCUUUUAAAACCCACGAACAGUCCCUCUCUUUCAGUUCUCUCCCUCUCCUCCACUACAACCAUCGUUCCUCACUACUCCUCUAGGGUUCGAAAUUGUGUACCUAUCUCACUCGAAUUGUCCAUCAUCUUCAAUUCCUCCAUUGAUUUUUUUCUUGUGGUGACCCAUCCCCAAACCAUGCAAACCAUCCCCUUCCCCAUCGUGUGCUUCUCCAAAGGGUUUUGGUUUGCUUAUCUAGAACGCUCUCAACUUGGACGAAUUCCAGGGUUGGUACUUGGCACUAGAAUUUUUAUGACUCAGCUUCUUGCUCACUCAAGGGAUUCCAUGGCAGACCCUUCACAACAGAAGUGCAAGAGUACAAAGGCUUCUCAAUUCCAAACAAGUUCUACGCUUCAUGGUUGUUGGGUCGUGCAUGUAUGCUUCAGUUGGCUAUUAUGGAUGACUAAUAUGUCAAAGAUAUGGUUCGCGCCUUUUAUUGCACUAUGACUUUUGCAAAUGAUACUCUGAAAGCUAAUGUUAAAGGGAAGAAUUUUAUUGUUACACAUAGUGAAUGGCCCAGUCUGAUUGGUCAUGCUUAUGUGGGCCUACAUACACUGAUGAGUUUCCCGAAUAUAACAAAAUUGAAUUUGCUUAGUCUAUUGCAGAACCUCGAGUAAUUGUCACUAAAUCAAGUUCAGUCUAGGGUUGUUGACUAUGAACAACAGGAUUCUCCACUGUGGUUUCUUAUAAGCUAUCUCCUAGAGCUUCUAAUUACUCUAUUGUGUAUGAUUAUGAUCUCUUUUUUAUAUGGGUAAUUAACUCUGAGAUUGACUUCAACUGACCUGCCUACAUAUGCUCUAUGAUGGUGAAAACUAAAAGCUCUGGUUUUCUUCCCUAUGCUACACUGGUAUGCGCUUUCAGCAGGUUGAUGGUGAAGGUGAAAUUAUGAAAGAAGACUUGCACUGCUUUGGAGAAUACUUGCUCGCCCAGAUGCAAAUUAAGAAAAUUGACGGUGUGUGGCGUCGUGUGACUAAUCCUCUAGCAGCUGCACCUUCAGAUGCCAUUCAAGUUGAUGAUCCUCUUACCCCAUCAGGAUCCUGUUGCAGGCUCUCAUGCUGAUCCAUCUUUCCUGUGGAUCAUACUUUGGCUUUCAUUUUAACUACCCUUAACUAGAUGAAGACUUCAAUAGAAUCAGGAUUCACCGUAGUUCAUACACGUCAAGAAAGUAUGGAGUUACGAUUGCAGCGCAUUGAGCAUCACUUUAGCAUUCCUCCUCCACCACCUCCACCUAGCCCUGAUGACAUUUAGCUUCAGAUUUAUCUUUUAUGCUUUAUGCUUUUGGACCUCUAUGACAUUCUGCAUUACAUUUUGGAUA